AAUUUAGUUGAGUCUGAACUAGUUCUUUUAUUGAAGUCAACAGAAAGAUUAUAUUUUGUAUUAGCCAAAGUGAUUUAAAAAAAUGCAUCGAACAGGUUUAUUGUUGUUUAUUGUUGUGUUUGUGGUCGUAUAUUCAACAGUUUAUUGUGCUCCAUAUCCUGGUGAUGAAGAAGAUUUAGCAAAUCGACCAUUUCAUUUAUUACAAAAACGUCCUGCUGUGGUAAAUUCGGAACCUUCAGAUGAUGAACAUAAGGGUACAUCCCCAAUCGUAAAACCUUCAGUUGGAACUUCAAAGUUUUCAACUUUAAAUUUUGAUCUUAAUAAUUUUGACCUCAAUAAUUUUGACCUCAAUAAUUUUGGAAGUAAUACCAACUUCAGGAUCAGUAGCAGAUUUUCUUCAAACUCAAGCCCUAACCUCGGUUCAACCAACAUUGAUAUAAAUACUAAAGACAUUUGUAAAAGUUGUCCAUCUUCAGCAAAUGCAUGCGAAAUUGUUGGUGAAUCGAAAGGAAAAGAAUUAUACACAACCACAAAAUGUAUGAAUGGUAGUCGAGUUAUAUCAGAGAAAACUACAACAUCACCAAAUCCAUCUGGUGCAAUGGUUAAAACUAGACAAUUUGCGUCACAUUCUUCACGUUCUCUUUAAUAUUUCAGGAAUAAAUAUGCGUGAUAUGUGACUUUUGAAACACAUUUCUAAGAUGUAUUUAUUUACUUUGUUUUAAAA